AUGGACAUCACAUGCAAACAAACAACCCAACUCCUCGAUCCUCAGGUCCCAGCUUACCCCAUUUGGCCAGACGAUCUUGCAUAUCUCGUCACCUGGAAUGCGGUCGACAUGUACACUGUCUUCAUCACCGGUUCAAUCCCCACUCUUACACCUUUCUUCACAAAGUAUUUUCACAAAUCCACCAUCUCAGACUACCACCGCUACGACCGCCGCAACGCGCGCCUCAACGGCGACGACGGCACCACCCUUACAUCUUCAGGUGUACCUCCGGGCCGUAAUGACAGUAUCGAGGAGAAUUGGAUGGGGGACAGGCAUAUUUUGAUGACGACGAAGAUUGAUAUUAGGAGGGAUGAGGAGUUGGAGCGGGUUUCGCCGUAG